AUGGAAGGAAACAUGAAGGCUAUUUUCUUAGCUCUAGUUAUAUCUGUAAUUGUUGCAUUUGAUCAUAGCAGUCUUCAAGUUAAUGGUCAAGAAGAUCUUGCUAAGAGUAUGGUCAUAACAUGGGGUAAAGAUCGUGCUUCCAUUAAUGGUGACAAUCUUGAUCUUGUACUUCGUGAUAAACAUUCAGGUUCUGCAGCGAAGAGUACGGCAGCAUUUCUGUUUGGAAGUAUUGAAAUGCAAAUUAAAUUAGUACCUGGAAAUUCUGCCGGUGUCGUUACAACUUUUUAUCUGUCAUCUACUGGUUCAAAACAUGACGAAAUAGAUUUCGAGUUCCUUGGAAAUGUAACGGGACAACCUUACACAAUCCACACGAAUGUCUACUGUGAAGGAAAGGGAAACAGGGAAGAACAAUUUGUCCCAUGGUAUGAUCCAACUGCUGAUUUUCACAACUACACCAUCCACUGGAACCCAUCAGAGAUUGUGUGGUACCUAGAUAGCAAACCAAUCCGUGUCUACAGAAACUACGAAAGCCAAGGAGUUCCAUACCCAAAUAAACAAGGAAUGGAAGUUUAUACAAGUUUAUGGAAUGCUGAUGACUGGGCAACAAGAGGAGGACGUGACAAGACCGACUGGACACACGCUCCAUUCACUGCUCACUAUCGCAGGUUUAGGGCUAGGGCUUGCAAAUGGAACGGAACACCCAGUAUUACUCAAUGUGCCAGCAAGUCUAACUGGUAUACAUCUCCGGUUUUCAGCCAACUAACUCCUGCUCAAAAAGGUCAAAUGGAGGGGAUUCAAAACAAAAACAGGAUCUAUGCUUACUGCAAAGAUACUAACAGAUUCAAGGGAAAUAUGCCAAAAGAAUGUUCAUUACCCCAAUUUUAG